AUGAAGUUUACACUCGCUUUGGCAUUGGUGGCUGCGGUGGCGGUUGAAGUUGAGGCCAUUGCCAUUCCGGCCGACACAACGUCCAGCUUGGGCUCGGAAUUGGCAAAACCUACCAAGAAGCGCAAGGGCUGUGGCCGCCCGCCAUCAAACAGUACUGUCCUGGCAUACUCUCAGUCUGCAUUCAGCAGCUCUUCCGAGGUGGCAUCGACCUCUCUCGCAUCAUAUACCAGUUCAAGUGCCAUCUCUUCUACAACGCCUAUUGUCACGAUUUCAACCGUCACGACUUCUUCUGAAUCGACCUCGGAGACUACUUCUUCGGUCCCAACUGAAACUUCUGAAUCGGCUACCUUGUCAACCGAUUCCACCAGUGUGACUUCCACUGUCUCGACUGAUUCCAGCACUGAAGCUUCCACAACCGUCUCUGAGACAGUUUCUACCCCCGAGGCUUCUACAACGGUUUCUUCUACCAUCUCUACAACUGAUUCCACUACCGAGACCUCCACCACUGAAGCGUCCACGACUGAAGCUUCCACAACCAUCUCUUCUACCAUCUCUACAACUGAAUCCGCUACCGAGGCUCCUACGACCAGUUCUUCUACCGCUUCUGCAACUGAAUCCACAACUACUGAAACAACAGCCACAUCAAGCACCACUGCUCCGGCCUGUUCGGCCACCAAUGCCGUUGCCGAUGGUGGCUUCGAAGAAGGUGAUUCCUCGACAUGGACCAAGGGAACCCUUGCUUAUAUUGAAUCAAACACCAACAAUGCCUAUCAAUCCCCCUAUGGCAGCUGGUUCGCUGUCCUCUAUGGACAAAGAUCGACAACGGCUUCCAUAUCGCAGGCUCUCACCAGCGUGGGCAGCAGCUCCACCCUGUCCUUUAGUUACCGUCUGUACGGGCGCCUGAUCUAUCCCACGUCGACGUGCACAGCCACCGUCACCUAUGCCGGCACCACGCUGUACACGACCGCCUUUGCUGCAAACAGUGCUGCCCUCACGACGGCGACCCGCGGCUGGCAGACGGUAUCGGUCCCCGUCGACGACCUGGCAGCCUCGGGCACCUUGGCCUUUGGCUGGACGUGCAGUUCCAUCACUACAGACUCUCUAGACUUUACGCUCGAUGAAGUGUAUCUCAAUACUGUCUGCUAG